AUGGAAGAAGUACUAAGUAAGAAGCUUACUCAGUUGGUGAAUGAAGGAAAGAUAUCUCCAACGGUCAUCAGGAAGGGGAUAAGGCCAACUCAUCUAUUUUUUCCGGAUGAUGUUUUCAUGUUUUGCAAUGGAGGGAAAAAAACUCUACAAAAACUUCUGCAGCUAUUAGAUGAAUAUCAAAAAUGCUCUGGACAGAUAAUUAACAAUAAUAAGAGUAAACUAUUUAUUGAUGGUACAAAUGAUUCAAGGAAAUCUUUGAUUCAAGAUAUAAUUCAAAUGGAGAGAAGUGAUUUUCCUGACAAAUAUCUGGGUGUCAUAUUAUCAGCUGACAGAGUUAAAACCUCAAUAGUUUGGCCAAUGGUCGAAAUGUUACAAAGUAAGCUUGCAGCUUGGAAGGGGAUAAUAUUGUAUUUUCAAGAAAGAUUAGUGCUUAUAAAGUGGCCUAGCUAUCCCAAGACUUGCAGUAAUAAACAUGGCAUUUUUGAUGAAGAUGAUGUGGAAAAUCAUGCACUCGAAGAUUGGGCAGCUUUCUUCAAGGCAAAGUACAUGGAUAAAAAUGGCCAAUGGAGUAAUGCAUGGAAAUUAUCUACUGCGUGGACAUUGGAAAGUGGAAAUGGUGAAGACAUAUCAGUAUGGCAUGAAGUUUGGAUAAGGGACACUCCUCUAGUGGAUAAAAUGGGAUCUUCUCAGUUCUUCCUAAAUAACAAAAUGAUGAAGCUAGCUGAUAUUUUAAAUGAAGGUACAUGGUCUAUACCAAGUGAAAUUCAAGUAAUAUUAAUGAAUCAAAAACUUCCUGAAAUAUAUAGAGAUGAAGAUGAAGUAAUCUGGAAUGGAGAUAUUAAAGGCACACCUACUAUGCCAGAUGCAACGAAUAAGCUCAGACAUAAAGAACCUAAGAAGCAUUGGUCAAGGUAUGUAUGGAAUAACUUUUUACAUCCAAGUAUUUCAAGUAACAUUUGGAAGUUGGUGCAAGGAUCAUAUAUUGAUGAUGCUAUUAUGGUAAGUAACGGAUAUGAACUAGCAUCUAGAUGCUGUGUGUGUGAGAAAGAACAAGAUAGUAUGAACCAUCUACUGUGGGAAUGUUCUGUCAGUGUGGAGAUAUGGGAAUAUGGAUUUGCUGUAUUCAAUUUCAAGGCUCCUGAAUCCUUUGAAGAAGUUUGGAGAUGUGCUAAAAACAAGAGUCCUCUUAUACAAGAAAUCUGGAUUAUUGCCUCUUGUGCUAUUCUCAAACAAAAAAAAUGGUUCCAGAAAAAUAGAAAAUACUUUGAAGAAAUCAAACCAAAUGCUCAGGGAGCAACUGGUUUUGGAGUGGUUAUCAUGGAUGAAUAUUAUCAAGUGAUAGGUACUCUAUGUGGAGGCCUUGGAAUUGCAACAAAUUACAUUGCAGUAAACUAUGCAGUGUUAUGUGCAGCUGAAUUGGCAAUGGAAUGGGGAUUAUCAUGA